AUGGUUUGUAUUGGAAUCUCACGUGCUUUGACUUCUCCUGUUGGUACAGCACAACAAUUGUUAAAUGAUUUGAGGAAUAAUAAAACUUAUCAAAAAGACCGUUUAGAACUUCAAUUUGUUAAUUUUAAUGGGCCAGAUAACAAUAAUGGAGUUUCUUCCUCAAAUGGUUGUGGCGGUGGUGUUGGAGGACAAUUUUUUGAUCUCUUUACUUCUGACAUUUUUGGUGGUUGUGGAUCGUCAGAUGAUGAAUGUUGUUUUACUCCACAAGGACGUUCCCCCAACAAUUUUUGUAGUAAAAAUGGUAUAAUGGGUUCAGAUAUUAACGGAAGAACUAUUUGGAGAUGGAGGGAAAAACUUGAAAAUGUUGUGGCAUUGAAACAAUUGGAUAGAGAUACGUUAUUUUUGGCUUAUGAUAAUCAGAUUCUUAUUACCGACUUGAAUGGCAAUCAAAAGAAGACUGAUUUAAUGCAAACACAUUUUAUUUUUGAUUCUCGUUUAGAAUAUGCAAUUCCUCUGUCUGAUUCUGUUUUGGGCUUUCAUAAACAUGGGAUACAAGUAAGAGACCAAAGGAAUUUUUUUUAA